AUGGUGGUCACGAGGAGUAGAUUAGACACCCAACUGGCAGCCAAGCCCAAGAAGAUCAAGUUCAAUGACGACGAUACUAUUAAUGAAUCCGAAUACAACACCGCUGAAGAAAAUGAGACUGUUAACGACGAACCCAAUGGCUCAGAAAGUUCAGCAUCUGAAUCUGAUUCCGAUGAAGCUCCUGAAGAAGAGUCGACAUCUACAGCAAAGAGCGCAUUAAUAGACGAGCAAAGGCGGCAAAAGGCUCUACGGCGCCAGGUUAUGAAAGAACAGAAGCAUUUGCGCCGUUUGCAGGAUCAACAUAACAAACAGCAGCAAGAGCUUAAGAGAAGCCGAAGUCAAACAGAAAAGCAAAUUGAGCUCCCCGAGUUUCUUCCUGAUGAUAUUAUGACGGACAUACAGACUCUGGGUGUUAAUGAUGAGUACACAGAGAAGAAGAACACAUACAAAAAGUUCGAUGAUGAAAAAGAUAUACGAGCGCUGAAAAUUGAAAAGCUCAAAGCAUUGAAAAAAUCCAGAAGUGCAGCCAUUCAAAAAGGGCCCGUUCGAGUCCAGGUGCAUACGACGAUCAACAAGAAACAAGUUCCCAUGGCAGAGCGAAAAAUCGUGGGUUCGAGGGAUAAGUGGCUUCAUCGCAAGUCGUUGAACAGGAAAUAA